UUUUCUUCCCAGAUGAACGAACGCAGAUGUCCAGCUGACUGUAAAAUCGAAAAUUCAUUUUAGACCCAAACCCACAGAUGCCACAACUUUCAGCAAAAACUUACUUCUCAUGGCUGUUCUAGUUUCAUUGACUGGCGAGACCCAAUUCAUUCAGAGUCUCUGUGCAGUUGUCGUAAAGGGUCAGUGGAACAACAUCUUGAAACCCAAGAUUGGUUCUAGCCUCAGCUCUGCAAACAUUCAUCAGGUACUUCUGCAACUCUCACUCCAUGGCUAUGGCCCUUCUCCUUCUUGGGCUUUCUUCAAAUGGGUUGAAUCAAUUCCCACUUACAAGCACUCAUUGCAAUGCUGCUGGACCAUGAUUCACAUUCUCACUGAGCACAAACACUUCAAACCUGCACAGCAACUGCUUGAAAAAAUUGCUCUUAAGGAUUUCUUGUCAUCACCGAUGGUUUUGAAUGCUUUAGUUCCAAUCCAGGAUGACCCAGAAGUGAAUUCACAUGUUUUGAGCUGGCUUGUGAUAUUUUUUGCAAAUUCUAAGAUGAACCAAGAUGCAAUUCAGGUUUUUGAGCACAUGAGGGUACAUGGGUUUAAGCCGCACUUGCAUGCUUGUUCUGCCUUGUUGAACUCUUUAGUUAAAGAUAGGUUGACUAAUAUGGUAUGGAAAGUUUACAAGAAUAUGAUCCAGGCCGGCGUUGUGCCGAAUGUUCACAUAUACAAUGUGUUGAUUCAUGCUUGCUGCAAAUCUGGGGAUACAGAUAAGGCAGACAGUUUGGUUGGUGAGAUGGAAUUGAAGUGCAUAUUUCCUGAUCUUUUCACAUAUAAUACUUUGAUAUCUCUGUAUUCCAAAAGGGGUAUGCACUAUGAAGCUUUGUCUGUUCAAGAUAGAAUGGAAAGAGCAGGAGUUAGUCCUGAUAUGGUGACUUACAAUUCUCUUAUUUAUGCGUUUUGUAGAGAAGGUAGGAUGGGAGAAGCUGUAAAACUUUUCCGCGAAAUCAAAGGUGCUACUCCUAACCAUGUUACAUACACGACAUUAAUUGAUGGCUAUUGUAGAGUUCACGACCUGGAAGAAGCUUUAAGAUUGUGCGAGGUAAUGAAGGCCAAGGGGUUGUAUCCUGGAGUUGUUACUUAUAAUUCAAUUCUCCGCAAGUUGUGCGAAGAUGGCAGGAUGCGGGAUGCAAAUAAACUUUUGAAUGAGAUGAGUGAAAGGAAAGUCGAACCUGACAAUGUCACAUGUAACACAUUGGUUAAUGCUUAUUCUAAGAUAGGAGAUAUGAGGUCUGCUGUGAAAGUGAAAGACAGAAUGUUGGCAGCUGGAUUGAAGCUGGAUGAGUUUACAUAUAAAGCACUCAUUCAUGGAUUUUGCAAGGUGCUAGAGAUGGAAAGUGCUAAAGAUCUUUUAUUUAGCAUGCUUGAUGCUGGAUUUUCCCCUAGUUAUUGCACCUAUACGUGGAUUGUAGAUGGUUACUGCAACAAAGGGAAUGAGGAAGCAGUUAUACGACUACCAGAUGAGUUUGUUAAAAAAGGUAUUUGUGUUGAUGUCUCGCUGUACAGGGCAUUAAUAAGAAGGUUAUGUAAACGAGAAAGGGUGGAUAGUGCUGAAAAGAUUUUCAGUUUUAUGGAAGAGAAGGGUAUAUCAGGAGACAGUGUUAUAUAUACUAGUCUAGCAUAUGCUUACUUGAAAGCAGGAAAGUCAAGUGUAGUUUCAGUGAUGUUAGAUGAAAUGUACAAGAGGAGGUUGAUGGUUACACGCAAGAUCUAUAGAUGUUUCAAUGCAUCUUAUGCCAGUGAUAAUGACAUCAUACGUCUAUUUUGGGAUCAUAUGGUUGAGAGAGGCCUAGUGUCAAAAAAUGUUAUUAUUAAGGAAAUGCAGCAAACGUAAAUGAACGUCACAGAUGUCGCUGUGAGUCUGAUUACAGACUCAAUCUUUUCAUGCUAUAGCACAAACCUCUCUGUCUGUCUUGAAAGGUGUUGGAGACUGUUAUAGACUUGGGCCAUUCAAAUGCACAUGCACUCCUGGAGAAGCUUAGAGACAAUGAGUGCUCUGGUCUACUAUGGAUGGGGGUUUUGAAUUACUAUCUAAGAGAAGCCAUUUUGGGCUGUGGUUAGACUCCGUGG